AUGCCCAACCUACAGAAUCUGAAAAGGAAAUUUAUAAUCAGGUGAAUGUAGUGUUAAAGGAUGCAGAAGGAAUACUGGAAGACUUGCAGUCAUAUAGAGGAGCUGGCCAUGAAAUACGAGAGGCAAUACAGCAUCCCAAUGAUGAGAAGCUGCAAGAGAAGGCAUGGGGUGCAGUUGUUCCACUAGUAGGCAAACUAAAGAAAUUCUAUGAAUUUUCUCAAAGACUAGAGGCAGGACUGCGAGGUCUGCUGGGAGCCCUGACAAGCACUCCGUAUUCACCAACGCAACACCUGGAGCGAGAGCAGGCUCUUGCUAAGCAGUUUGCAGAAAUUCUUCACUUUACGCUCCGAUUUGAUGAGCUCAAGAUGACAAAUCCUGCUAUACAGAAUGACUUCAGCUACUAUAGAAGAACUCUGAGCCGUAUGAGGAUUAACAAUGUCCCAGCAGAGGGAGAAAAUGAAGUAAAUAACGAGUUGGCAAACAGAAUGUCUUUAUUUUACGCUGAAGCAACGCCAAUGUUGAAAACCUUAAGUGAUGCUACAACAAAGUUUGUGUCAGAGAAUAAAAAUUUACCCAUAGAGAAUACUACAGACUGCUUAAGCACCAUGGCUAGUGUGUGCCGGGUCAUGCUGGAAACCCCUGAAUAUAGAAGCAGAUUUACAAAUGAGGAAACAGUAUCAUUCUGUCUGAGGGUAAUGGUGGGUGUCAUCAUACUCUACGACCAUGUGCAUCCGGUGGGCGCUUUUGCCAAAACUUCAAAAAUUGAUAUGAAAGGAUGCAUCAAAGUUCUUAAAGACCAGCCUCCUAACAGUGUAGAAGGCCUUCUAAAUGCUCUCAGGUACACAACAAAGCAUUUGAAUGAUGAGACUACCUCCAAGCAAAUUAAAUCCAUGUUGCAAUAACAAUUACCUGGAAUUCGCACCUGCUGUAGACAGACAGUAUUCUGCAAUGACUGAGAUGCACAGAUAUUUUUUUUUUAGUGAUUGCAACUACUAUCUUGUUCAUUCUCGCUCUUUAUUUUCUCUCUUCCUGUUUACCCUUUUUUUUUUUAAUCACUUUCUUGUUCUUAAGUAAGCUCAGACUUCUUUUCUGUGCCAAAUCAAUGAAAAUUAUCAAUUCUGGAAAGUAUUUCUGCUUUUCAGAAUAGCCAUUCUAAGUGGCAGCUAAUUAUGCGUUGCAUUUGGAUUUCUCUGUACUGGGGAAAGAUUUGUGACUUGAACUAAAUAUUUUUAAACUUGUGGUUUUUUCUUUUUUUGAAAAACUAAUAUUUAAUAUUGCUUCUUCUGCAUGGCAAGACUGCCUUCUUCUGCUAUUUAAAAAUCCCUUGAUGACUUCAUUUUCUAUUGCAGCUUAUUUUCAUGUGCAACCAUGAGGAAACUAAAAGCAGAUUUGUUUAAAUUAACUGUGUUUGUACAAAAUGGUACCCAACACAAAGGUUUUUUUAAAUGAGUAAAAACUGUUUUGUUUAAAAGUUACGUUUGCAUUUUGACUCAUUUUUGUAAGGAUGUAUGUUGUAUGUUUAACCUUUAAUAACUAACGUUAAACUGUGGUGUGUGCGUAGCAAAAUUACGUAUGCAUGUUCAUGUCAAAGGAUUGGCUGUGGAUAAAAUAAUAAAAUCAGCUUUCAUUUUUCUAAG